AUGGCGGUCUCCCACACCACGCGUGAGCCACGGCCCGGCGAAGUCCACGGCGCGUCCUACUAUUACAUCUCGCGGGACGAGUUUGCCCGUCUCAUUGGCGCCGAGGCGUUUAUUGAACACGCGGAAUUCAAUGGCAACCUGUACGGGACCAGCAAACAGACCGUCGAGGACCAGGCGGCCAAGGGGUCGAUUGUGGUCCUGGGCAUUGAGAUGGAGGGCGUGAAGCAGCCGAAACGCAUACCAUCUGCUGCACAAGGGGAUGUGGACUACCGCUUCAUUUUUGUCCGGCCGCCCGACUUCGCCACGCUCGAGUCUCGCCUGCGCGGGCGAGGCACCGAAGACGAGGCGAGUAGACGCCCGGCAUGCAUGACAAAGGUUGUUGUGAACAACGACCUGGACGCGGCCUACAAGGAGUUACACGACUUUGUGUUCCGGAAGGCAGACCAUGGCGGAAAGGACGCGUGA